UUACAGGAGCAACUCCUAUGACAACAUUGCCAUUAUUAGCUGCAGGUGAACCUGGUGAGCCAGGAGGUCCAGGUGGACCAGGAGGACCUGGUGGGCCAGAUGGACCUGGGGGGACCCAAUGGACUGGUGGUCCUGGUGGACCUACAUUGGAACCAGCAUACGUCAAAGAACCUGGUGAACCUCUGGGUCCUGAUGGACCAGGAGGUCCAAAUGGUCUUGGAGGACCACUUGGACCUGGAGGCCCAGGUGGACCAGGAGGACCUGGUGGCCCUGGAGGCCCUGGUGGACCAACCAUCGGUACAGAUGAAACUAUUCCAACUGAUAUAGGCAAACCGGGAGGUCCUGGUGGACCUAGGGGGCCUGGUGGACCUGGAGGGCCAGGAGGACCUGGUGGCCCUGGUGGACCGGGUGGACCUGAUGGGCCAGGAGGACCAAAUGGACCUGGAGGGCCAAAUGGGCCUGGAGGACCCAAUGGACCUGGAGGACCUGGUGGGCCAACACCAACACCUGAAGAGGAAGAACAGAUACCAACAGACAUUGGAAAACCUUUAGGGCCAUUGGGUCCAGGGGGACCUGGUGGCCCAGGAGGCCCUGGAGGUCCAGGGGGACCAGGUGGACCUGGAGGGCCAGAUGGGCCAACUCUAGCUACAGAUGUAACUCUUCCUGAAGACAUUGGCAAACCUGGUGGACCCGGUGGUCCAUUUGGACCAGGAGGACCAUAUGGCCCAGGAGGGCCUGGUGGACCAUUUGGACCAGGUGGUCCUGGCGGACCAGGGGGACCUCCAUUAACCACGAUUAUAGGAGCAACUCCCAUGACAACAUUGCCAUUAUUAGCUGCAGGUGAACCUGGUGAGCCAGGAGGUCCAGGUGGACCAGGAGGACCUGGUGGGCCAGAUGGACCUGGGGGACCCAAUGGACCUGGUGGUCCUGGUGGACCUACAUUGGAACCAGCAUACGUCAAAGAACCUGGUGAACCUCUGGGUCCUGAUGGACCAGGAGGUCCAAAUGGACUUGGAGGACCACUUGGACCUGGAGGCCCAGGUGGACCAGGAGGACCUGGUGGCCCUGGAGGCCCUGGUGGACCAACCAUCGGUACAGAUGAAACUCUUCCAACUGAUAUAGGCAAACCGGGAGGUCCCGGUGGACCUAUGGGGCCUGGUGGACCUGGAGGGCCAGGAGGACCUGGUGGACCUGGUGGACCGGGUGGACCUGAUGGGCCAGGAGGACCAAAUGGACCUGGAGGGCCAAAUGGGCCUGGAGGACCCAAUGGACCUGGAGGACCUGGUGGGCCAACACCAACACCUGAAGAGGAAGAACAGAUACCAACAGACAUUGGAAAACCUUUAGGGCCAUUGGGUCCAGGGGGACCUGGUGGCCCAGGAGGCCCUGGAGGUCCAGGGGGACCAGGUGGACCUGGAGGGCCAGAUGGGCCAACUCUAGCUACAGAUGUAACUCUUCCUGAAGACAUUGGCAAACCUGGUGGACCCGGUGGUCCAUUUGGACCAGGAGGACCAUAUGGCCCAGGAGGGCCUGGUGGACCAUUUGGACCAGGUGGUCCUGGCGGACCAGGGGGACCUCCAUUAACCACGAUUAUAGGAGCAACUCCCAUGACAACAUUGCCAUUAUUAGCUGCAGGUGAACCUGGUGAGCCAGGAGGUCCAGGUGGACCAGGAGGACCUGGUGGGCCAG